AUGCCCAUCCGCCUCCCCCGUGGCAAUGAAAUUGUAAAGACUGACUUGAAGAAGCUUCCAGCCCUUCCAACGCAAGCCCUGAAGGAGCACCCCUCCCUUGCUUACUGCGAGGACAGAGUCAUCGAGCAUUACAAGAAACUGAGUGGUCAGACAAGAGGCCAAGCAAUUGUAAAUUACAUGAGCAUUGUAGAAUCCCUCCCAACGUAUGGAGUCCAUUAUUAUGCAGUAAAGGACAAGCAGGGAAUUCCCUGGUGGUUAGGACUUAGUUACAAGGGCAUUUUUCAGUACGACUACCACGACAAAGUGAAACCAAGAAAGAUCUUCCAAUGGAGGCAGCUAGAGAACCUGUACUUCCGAGAGAAGAAGUUUUCCGUGGAAGUUCACGACCCACGCAGGGCGUCUGUGACCAGGAGAACGUUUGGGCACAGUGGCAUUGCCGUGCACACGUGGUACGCCUGUCCUGCAUUGAUCAAGUCCAUUUGGGCUAUGGCCAUUAGCCAGCAUCAGUUCUACCUGGACCGAAAGCAGAGUAAGUCCAAGAUUCAUGCUGCGAGAAGCCUAAGUGAAAUUGCUAUUGACCUGACUGAAACUGGAACGCUGAAGACUUCAAAACUAGCCAACAUGGGAAGCAAAGGCAAAAUUAUCAGCGGCAGCAGUGGCAGUCUUUUGUCAUCAGGUAAGUCCUUUCCCUUGUAACUGCAUGCGAAAUAUGGGUUCCUGCCCCUCUGCUGGAGAAAAGAGGAAGAUGUAGCUUUGUAUUAGGUAAGAGCUGCCAGGUGAGGUA